AUGCUCUACAAAUGCUGUAAAUGUUUGGCGCUGUUGAAUAAAAACAGCAUGGUUAUUGUCCCCAAGGAUCCUGAGAAUCUGAAGAAUUGGAUGGAAAAGUACGAUUUCCAGAUAAAAACGAUAAUGGCCGGUUCAGUUCACUUCCUGUGCAAAACACAUUUGUCGGAGGAUAAAUCUGUCGAAAGAAUUCCCAGUUCCUCUGUCGAAUCAGCUACUGAACAAUAUAUGUUGGAGAUCAAAGAAGAGGAACCUUAUUCUCAAGCUGGAUCAUCAUCUGAAUCAUGGCCAGAAGUUAAAGAAGAAGUCAUUGAACCUGUAGAAGAAAUAGACUACGAUCAUAUGCCAUUUGAAAUAGAGCAAAACAGUUAUGAAACUUUUGAUGAAAGCAAAAGUUACCACAAUUCCUACGAGUCCGAUCAUCAUCAACCAACAACGUCAACCUCAGCGACACGUGCAAUCCGCAGACCUACAACAAAAUCGCUAGAGUUCACAAAUCUCCCGACUUACCUACAAGAGCUGUCUGAUGGAGAAAUUUUGUCGUUUUGUGUGAAAACCAGCAGCAAUUUGAGCGGUGCAACCUCGUUGGAGUGCGGGAUGUGCGAAGAGCAGUACUUUAACAGUACGGACACUCGACCGAUCCGACAUCAUUUAAUUAGUAGACAUGAAGCAACAAUGAAAAAAUACAAAAAUCAUUUUCCAAUAACGGCAGCACCUAAAAUUUAUGCACCAAUUCAACAAGUGACAAUUGACAGAGCUGAUCAAGCAUUGACAAAGUUCUUUAUAAAGAGUGGAAUCCCACUGCGAGCAGUUCAAGAUCGUAAUCUAAAUAUGCUCGCGUUCAACAUGAAUUCAGAAUAUUCUCUUCCAACUGUUGAAACGAUGCAUUCAUUUCUCGAGAAAAUUGCUGAUGCCAAAGCGAACGCAAAAUUGAAUUUCGACGAUAGUCCAGUGACCAUAACAUUUGACACGACGACUUUCAACAAUCGUCACUAUCUGGCUUUUACAGUCCAUUACUAUCAUAUAAGGUCGCGCAUGAGACGAUGUAUUUUCUUACGCGAGUAUGAUAUGACUGGCCCAAUUGUGCCAUCCGUCAUGACUGCGAUCCAGAAAACAAUAGAAGAGUCAGGUUCCCGAUUGAAAAUCACCACUGUUGUAGCGGGAAAAGCAGAAUUUGAGGAUGCUUUAGAAGAUAUGCACUCGUUCAAGCAAGUCAUGAUAUGCUUCUCCCAAAACAUCAACAAAUUCGCAGAGACUCUCAUUGAGCAUCCUGUCUUUGCUGGACCGCUUCAAAAGCUUCGAGACUUUAUCACGAAAUUUCCCACUCAUCGAAAUUCUUGGGGCAAAUUCAAGUCCUAUAUCGUGAAGAAACGUACUUAUGGAGAAUAUCCCGAAGUUGAUAAUGGUCACUGGAUUACUACGUUGGAUUUUAUCACAAAGUGCCUUCACAUGCAUCGACUAUUCAGUGAGUUUGUGUCUACAAGUGCACAACUUCAAUAUAUUGAUGUCGAGGAUAAUGUAAACAUCGUAUAUCUUCAUAGUUUGUUGAAUCUAUGCAAAAGUGCACUGAAAGAGAUGGUCGAUGUGAAAGCAACGAUUGCGGACGUAAUUCCAGCCAUUGCAGAUAUCAGUUUCUCUUUAAUAGUCACCACGAGUAAACAAACAGUCGUUGACGCUGUGAGCACGAUCUUCAAUCAACUUCUUCUUCCAUUCGUCGAGCAAUCAGAUAUACAUCGCUUCGCUUUGUUCCUUCAUCCUCUUCGUCAUGGCUCUGAUCUCCUUGCAUCAGCCGACUGGAUGAAAAUCAAAACUGAUUUAUCCAGUCAUUUAUCUCUCCGUGAAGCAGCUGAAGCCACUCUUGCACAUCCAUCGUCAUUCGACAAUACGAUAACUGCAGAUAAAGAGGUCAAUGCGUUCUCACAGUAUGUGUGCAGAGUUACUGGUGUUGAAACUGGAAUCAUGGAUUGGUGGGCUCGUCACGCCGGUCGCUUCCCUCGUCUGUACAAAUAUGCCAGAGAGCUUUUCAUAAUUCCAGCGUUUUCGAUUGAUGCCGCUUAUUAUCUCGGAGAGUACGGUAUCCUUACACAUUCGAUCAACGAAUCAGAUAUCUCAAAAAGGAAAAUGCUACUUCGUGCAGCGAGUGAAUUAGUUGAAUAUCGCUCGAAGGGAUCUUUGAUGUGCAAACCAAUUUGCGUAAAGCGAAGAAAAGACGCCAAUUCUCCUGAAGAUGCUUGGUAUCAUGCAAUCGAUGUGAGAGCUCUACAGAUUGUAGAUGUACCAUCAGACGAGCCUCCAAAACGAAUGAUUCCUCAACGAACGCCAUUUGUGUAUCAGAAUCCAAACCCACUUCCACCGCAUCGAAUUCUACAAUCGUUUCCCACAAUUCGAACAAACAGAGAAGCACCACAUGGAAGAAGUCUGAAAGAUGAAAUUGCAAAAAUCGCUGCGAAUAGACAGAAGAUUCAGAGAGUGUACACUGUUGCUUCAUCAUCGCCGUACGCGAGGCCUGUUGUCGUUAAAACCGAAUCCAAAGAGGGCAUUGUUGAACAACUGACUCCAUCGGCUCCUCCACCGAAGAGGUACUACGCAGUACGACCUGCGGCAGGCAAUGGAACAAGUGUGAUUCGCGGAAAAGAUGGUCAAGUAUUACGAGUUAUCAGAAAUACCCCUUCAGUCUCCUUCAACUUAAACACUCCUCUGACUGCAUCGAAAAAGAUGUAUUUCAUUCGUACAAAAACUGGUGUUACCCAUCAGCUACAUCAACCUCCACAAUAAUCCCAGCUCAUACAUCUGUACCUCAAUUCACUUUAGUUAUUUGUCACUAGUUGGUAUUUUCAUUGUUUUGUUUUUGUUAUGCUACUUGUUUCGAUAUAUCCGCAUGUUGUUUCAAAUUGACUAUGCUAACGUUUUCUUUUCUCAUCGACCAGUUUACUUCCCUGUUCUGUUUAAUAGUUCUCAAUCAUGUUAUUUUUCUCAAUUUUUCUGAAGAGUAUCUUAUCAUUUCUUUUUUUCUGUAUUCCCAACUCACCUUGACAUUUCUGAAUUGUUGACCCAGCAAGAAACUUUGCAUACCCUCUGACUGGUAUUUCAUAUUUUUGGGAGAAAAAAAACGUUUCGAAAAUUUGUGAAUUAUUAUGUGAAAAAA